CCAGCGGCGAGGGAAGUAACGUUUAGGGUAUUUAAAGACAAAGCUCUGGUGACAGCGUUAAAGAGCUGAAGUGGGACGGCGAGGGCUGUGGGAGGCUGUAACCACUCACCACAUCGAGGAGAAACUCGUCGUGUCGGGAAAUGGUCACGAGUGCGUGGAAGUUUGUGUUUACUGAUGUUGUGGUAGCUAGCUGGCUGGCCCUGUUAGCUUGUUAGCGGGGAAGGUGCGCGCUGCUUGCACUGCUGGACAUCAACAUUUUCAACUAACCCAACUGAACAGGCAAGUUAGAUAGCAGACACGUUGCUGGUUAGAGCAGUUAGUUACAGUUUGGCAGAUGUUACGGGUGACUGUUAGUCCGGCUAUCAAACUCUUGUAACGUUAGUGCGGGCCACGAGCUUUGAAUCUUGUGGGGUCGUGUCAAACACAAGCAGCACUGAUUCACAGAGAAAACGCACAUCAAGCCACGACCCUGCAGAUACAGCUCAGCCCAGCGCUAGCAAACAUCCAGGCGACCUCCUUUUUCCCCGUUACGAAUGACAUACCAGGCUCGCAACUCUGGACCUGAGACCCGUCCCCCCAGUCGGACCUAGUUCAUCGUCUUCCUCCGUGAUGGGCCCCCUGCUCAGCUGGUGAGACGCGUGGAAACAAUCUACAGUCUGACCAUGGGAGGAUGUGUGGGGAGAUACUGGGAAGGCUGGGAGGACACACAGAGCCGAGGUUCGUCCAGGAACGGUGGACGAGGAGGACGUAAUGAGCCUCUAAAGAAAGAUCGUCCCAAGUGGAAGAGCGACUACCCGAUGACGGAGGGCCAGCUACGGAGCAAGAGGGAUGAGUUCUGGGACACAGCACCAGCCUUUGAGGGCCGUAAGGAGAUCUGGGACGCCCUGAAAGCCGCCGCUGUGGCACUGGAGUGUAACGACCACGAGCUGGCCCAGGCUAUAGUGGACGGAGCCAGUAUCACACUGCCACAUGGUACCCUCACAGAGUGUUACGAUGAACUCGGGAACCGCUACCAGCUGCCCGUCUACUGCCUGGCUCCACCUGUCAACCUCAUCUCAGAGCGCAGUGACGAGGACCCAAGCGACAGCCCCGAACCCCCUGUAGCACCCAAGAAGGAAUUCCAGCUCAAGGUACGACUGUCCUCGGGUAAGGACCUGCGCCUCAGUGCCAGCAUGGCUGACACCAUAGGGCAGCUUAAGAAGCAGCUUCAGGCCCAAGAGGACAUCGACGCCACCCAUCAGCGCUGGUUCUUCUCUGGCAAGUUGCUGACGGACAAGACGCGGCUGCAAGACACCAAGAUCCAGAAGGACUUUGUCAUCCAGGUCAUCGUCAACCCGCAGGCCCUUCGAGCCCCGAAGCCAUCACCCACCACCACUGCCUCCUCGCCGUCGUCUGAAUAGCUGAGAACAAAGAGGACAGCUGAAGGGACGAUGCAGUGGGUGGCCGACACUAAAAAGGACCAGCGGUGCCUCCUAAUGCUGGAUUGAAAUAAAACUGAAGUGCAGAGGUACAAAACCACAUGAGGGAGAAACUCUAAAGUGCUGCUUUCAUCUACCAUGUGUCAUUGUAUUUUUUUGGGGGGGUGGGGGUUGUUCUUAAAGUGAAUCCAGUCACCACACUAACUCUGGAGAUCCUCUUCUCUUGCCUCUUUGAACUAUUUCACAUUAAAGCAAACAGAACUUACGCUGACGAGCAGCCUUUUCGACCACAUACAAAAACGUGCAUGUCAUGCUGCACAUGCAAAGACUCUGCCUCUGCCCUUUUUGUCUGCACUAAUGGUAACUAAGUGCCAAUGGAAGGAAAGCAGACGUGUUUGUUGGUUCUAAAGCACAUUUCUACAAGGACGCCGAUGGACUCUGCAGUGCAGUCCUCUACUCCUCCACAGGGCAGAGAGCGUGAUACCGAACAUUUCUUGUUUCCCCCUUUUUCUUUUCUUUUUUGGGGGAAAUAAUGUAAUCUGAGCUUUUUUGCACAUUUGAAGAUUAUUACUAUCGUGGUAGUUUGUGUGCCUUCUACAUGAAACAAAAAAGGGUCAACGUCCUGAAAGAUGCUAGUUUUACCACUAGGCUACGCCUUCUGUAUUUUUUUAGAUUCAGGACUUCUUAGACAGACCCAAGCUAUAACUGCUGCCUUUUUUAAAAUUAUUUCACAAAUCUUGGCGACAAAACAUGGUGUGUGGGUGCUGGCGUGUGUGUGUGUGUCUGUGUGUAUGUUUGGGCAAAAGGAUUAUGUAUUUGACCCAUAUAACAUUUCAGUGUAACGUAGCCUAUAGAGACAAGACUGUUUCCCUGGUGUACAAGUCAUAGCUUUGCAGUCAAUCAUAUCAUAUUGUCUAGGGAAAUAGAAAUUCCCAUGCAAAAAUAAUGAUCUUAAAAGCUACGUCAUCGACCACUUAAUGACCCCCAGACCAGUAGGGGGCAGCAACAGAGCCCUGAUAUAAUCAGUUCAGUUCCUUAGGGCUCUUUUUUUCUUUUUAAACCACCUGAUGAAUGUAAAUCCAGUAUUCACUCGCCUUUUAUCCUCAAUGCAGUCCACUAAUUUCUCAAAUAUUUGACUUCCUUCACCAGCGUACAGAUGACCAGAUAGAGCUGGGUUGCUGGAAAUGGCUGCCUGCGGGUUUUAUAUGUGGGGUUGGUGAGAGCUGUCAGGAGCUGACGAUACGGAGCAGUGAACCAAAACAAUGAGGUAAAAAGCAGAUUUGAGUGUCGAUUCUCAGUGGAUCCAGCAGCGCUAACAACCUCUUUACUUUACAGGGAGUUGUUUGUUUUUGUGUGUUUGUUCAUUAAAAACAAAAGUAGGUUAUUCAAAGGGCCACUACACUGAUGUCAUACAUACGCAACAUGGUUAGCACUACUUUGCCAGAGAAAAUAAGCCUAAUAACGUCAUUGUGUUGUCAUCAGGGUUAUCUCAGCUUCGGCAUGGAGAUUAGGUGUUCAUGCAAAAAGCCUGUGGUACAAACUGAAAGUGAUGAACUUGAAAGUUGUGGGUGUUUUAACGUAGGAGUCAGUAUUUGUGAAGCUUGACCCCACGUCAGGAUAACUCUUGAUAGCUAAUGAUCUUAAAGGCAGUUUAACAUAGCUGAAAUCAUAAUUUCAUAGAUUUGCUUGGAAAGAGUUGAAACAAGUUUGUCAUUUUAUAUAUGUUAUGACUUUUUUUUCAGUUGACACUAUACUUAACUUUUGUUUUAAUCUCUCACUAAGUCAAUAAACACAUUCAGAGUCUUUCCACAAGCUAUUUUGCUUGACUGUUAAAAAUGUCUCUAACUAAGCAGUAGGGUCCUGUCUUUUUCCUUUAUAUAGUCGUAUGGAGACACAUGUUAAUGUUUGCACCGUGACUCUGACUGAUCACUGAUGUACAGCAUAGAUAAAUGUUAUGAAUGGGGAAAAGAACCUCCAGCUUUGCCACCAACCACAGUGGCUGCCAAACGACAAACAUGUCAGCCUCAAACAAAAUUGCCCUGAAAUUAUACUGGCUGCUCAUGGCUGAAGUAGCAUUAGGCCUGACAGUCUGAUUGGUAAAAACACAUUAAAACACUGUGGCUACAUUCACACCACAGCUCAAAUUGCACAGUUUACCCUUUUCUAAUUUUAAGCCUUGCAGUGUCAGAAACUUACUGUUUUUUCAGGCACAUUAAAUUUUCUAUCCAUACAGAAAAUUCAGGUUGCCUGACACCUUGAAGUUUGGUGCCUGAAUUUCUUCUGCAACUUGAGUUUUUGACUUCUCUUGAACUUUUAGACCUGCAAUCCGACCUACUCCGCUUCUGUGUCACUUCCAGGUCGUGUUGGUGUCAAAUAUGGGUUAUAGCUCAGAAUAGAUAUGAAGGCAGUUCAACGUUUGAGAAUCGAGACCUGCUUUGUGCCACUCGUGGUCGAAUUCUCCCCAGGACUCAUUGUUUUCAUUCACUGCUCCUGUCGCACAGCUCUCACUGCAACAGUAUCAUCACUGAGGAAAUGAAACUGAACCAUCAGUUUGAAACCUAACUGAGCCACACCCUGACAUAUUAAGAAAUUAUUUUAUCUUUAAGUAAAUUUCAUUUUUAAUGUUUUUUUUCUCUACAAUUUCAAACUUCAUCACUUCAUCAAAAUCCCCCCCCCCCCCCCCCACCACCUUUUUUUUUUUUUUUAAUUUCCAGGACAUUUUUUUUCCCCUCUACCAAUGGUUCUUUUGGGGAUUUAAUAGUUUUAUGCAAACUUGAAUAAGCAUUUUUGUGUGCAAUACAAAUGACAUAGACCUCAUAUCUUUUUUUUUUUUGUUUGUUUGUUUGUUUCUGAAUACAGAUCUCUUAGAACACCAGCUAUGAGUAUUGUUAAAGUUAUGUCAAACUACAGGUACAAUCCUGCUACAAUCUGACGCCUGUGUCAACUGUAUCACAUGUUCAUGUUUGUCACUUUGAGAUGUAUUCUAGUCUAGUGUUACCUUGACUGUUCAGAUGGGCUUUCAGCGUUCACAGACAAAAUAUCUAAACAUUAAAAAAAAAGUCUACACGAAUUUUCUUCCCCGGUGUCCGCUUAGCAUUCUGCCCUCCACUCCUCAGCUGUGCAGGUUAGGCUGUCAUUGAGCCUCAGGGUGGGGAAGAGCUCUGCUGACAACUUUAUCGAUAGCAUCUCCUGUUACAGCGCCCUCGCUGAAGUGAGCCAUGGGUGGGGUUUUGUCCUCACGUCUGUCCCUGUGCUUAUCCUGAGUUUCCCCUCUUUUUAAAAUGUAACAGUGAGCAGAGGUGUUGUCUCUUGGCUCAAGGAACUUUAAGGUGUCCCUCAGGUUGUAAACGUUAGACAACUCUUGGAGGAACCUCCUCAUAUUGUGCUGUAUCAAUUACCAAAUCAGUCUCUUUUCCAACAGCAGUUCAGUACAGUGUCACAUAUGAACUGACACUCUCACAGCUUAGGAGGGGUCUCUGUUUUAAAAGAAGGGCACACAAAUGCUGAUACGGCGUUCCCAGAUAAAAGUGCAAUGAAAUGGAUGACAUUUUUUUGUUUUUAAACUGCGUUUAGAUACAGGGAAUUGUCUUUUUUUUUCAAAACCUACCAUGAUAAACCAGUAAAAAACGUAGCAAAGGUUAAUCUAUAGUAGAAGUAAAUGUGUAUGUUUCCUCAUUCUCCAACGCAGAUGUUUGGCCUUGUCACAGUGGGAAAAGCAAAGGUUGUUACUAAUAAAAUCAACGAUGGCUGUGAAGUGUCCCAGUGAGUCAUGUGCGCUGACAUGCACAAUACCUGGACUCGGAAACUAAAGCAUCUAAACAUAAUUCAGCCAUCAUUCAUUUUAUUAUUUAUAAUUGUGCUUUUCUUACUGUGAUUUAAAAAAAAAAAAAAAAAUGAAGUAAACAAUGCCUGUGAUCCUGUCUGGUUGGACUUAGACAGUCCUACUCUUAACAGGUGCCACAGAAUUAACAUGAGUGAGAUGUUAAUUACACAGAGUUUGUCCCACAUGGUCCUGGUCUUCUCCACGGUCUUUUCUUUAUUAACAGAUGUCUUCAGUGUGCUCCAGUCUUAAAUGCUGUUUUCCACAGUCAGGAACAAUGCAAAUGGACAUUGAUCAUCACAACAAUCGCGAUGCAACACUUACUGUUUUGCACUCAUUCGUAUCUAUGUGAAUUUCUACACAUUUGAACACAUGUAAAGCUCGACUUAGACAAAAAAAUAUAUCAGGAUGUCAGCACGACGCCAUGCACUUAUAUGUAAAUCAUACACAGAUGAAAUUAAAGUGCUUAUGAAGUCUAAGUUUAUUAAGCUGGUUAUACAGUAAAAGCCAUAUCAGGCCAGAAAUAUUUAUUUUACACUUUUAACAGAAAAAUAACACUUCAUACUUCAUCGCUAUCCUCUCCUUUAAGAACUCAAAUUCCCAAAAGACACUGCAGUUAGACCAAGUUUCCUCAUUGUUUUGACACAUUAACAGCCAUGAGAAAGAAACUGUUUUUUUCAGAUUGUCUAUACCACCUAGAUAUGUGUAAAAAAAAAAAAAAAAACAAAUCAGUAUAUUUAGUCAGAGAAAAA